AUGUCGAACAUCUAUCUACUCUUUCUGAUCUCUGGCUCUCCCAACCUGUCUACCAUGACUUUGCGCCACGACUCAUACUGGUUCGUUCCCAAGUGGAUAGGACAGAUAGUUCAUUUCGAAAACCCCUCCAGCUCGUGGAAGAUAAUCCAGAAGCUUCAAGAGCGUGAACAUCGCUUUAUACAGGACGAAUAUGUCUCUUCUGGUUUCUAUUCGGAAUCAACCGCUAUUUUCAUCUGCGAAGCAAUCGAGGACUCAAAGCAGGCUAUUAUGAAAGUUAGAAUUCAAAUACUCAAUGGUUUCGAUGAUAAACCACUCUACCCGAUGUGCUCCCAAACACCAGAAAAGAAAAUUUGUGGUCGAACCGACCUGGAAAUCAAGGCGCUAGAGGCAUUGACAUCUGCUGGGUGUUCAUGCACCCCGAAGUAUAUUAUCUCGAAGCAUGAGAAUCAGGUCUCUGAUAGUUGGGUGCCUGAUGGGUUCUUGGAUUAUAUUGUUAUGGAGAAAAUCGAAGGGAUCUCUCUUUCUAGGAAGUAUCUUCGUCGCUUGAGUCCUAAAGAGCAAGGAGAGAUUCGGAAGGCGUUUAAGGCAUCAUAUCAGUGA